GGAUGUCCAUAGAAAAUAGAAAACUUUUUGUCAUAAAACCAAUGAAAACAUAACUUGCAUACAAGGUAAAACUUGGUAAAACUGGAAGUCAAGCCUUUCUACCGUAUAUACACGUUGUACUUUAUGCAUGAAUAUGCAAUAUCAAAACAGUAGACUAAGGCGUGCGAUAAACACAUAAAAGUAUUGGAAUAUUCCCAUUAAAUGUUCCGUAAUAAUGAGAAUGACGUACAACGAGAACAAAAAGUAUCACAGCUCGUGUACACGAGCAGAAAUGAAAUUUGACUGACCGAUGAUUUAAACAAAUAAAUCAACCGGCAUGAACCGUGCUUAAAGGCGUUGUCAAUGUAAUAGACGUUUAUCAUAUUACUAGCUGCAAUCAUUUCUAAAGUGGUUCUUCAAAUUUUCAAUCGUAAUUUUCUGUGUGCAAAUUGAUGCAAAUAUUUUUCUCUUGAUUAUUAUAUGGAUGCGUUCAAGCAUCCAUGUGGAUGAAAGUAAAAGAAGAAUGUAUAUUUAUAUCGCGAAUAGUUUUGCCAGCUGAUUGUCAUCUAAACGCAUCAUGUGAAGGAUGUGCCGUGAGAAAUUUUAGAUUAUACCAUCCAUAUAAUUACCAUAGUAACGAGUAUCAUACUCUGAUUUAUAUUUUAUGAACUUUCAACUGGAGGUAGAAACAGAGUGGAGACAUCAACGAGUCUCUUGAAAGAAUGGGAAAUAAAAGUAGUUGCUGCGUUUAUUCCAGUCCUCAAGUUGGACGUAAGGAAUUAGGAACUGAAGGUGUUACCCGAGGUCUUGAGGAACAUUUACCAGAAGGUGGAAUUAGUGUUAAUAAUUUACAACAUAUUAGCGAACGUGAACCAGAAGACUGGGACUCAGAUCCAUCAUUACACCCCUGUGCUGGCACUAUUUUUAUGGAACGAUCGAAACAGGCUAUUGAAAAUGGCAUGGUAAGAAAAAAAAGUCAGCACCAAAUUGCAGAUAUAAGGCCUUUAAAAAAGAGUAGCAGUUGCAGUACAAUAUAUUUAGAUGACAGUACUGUUUCACAACCAAAUCUUAAAAAUACAGUAAAAUGCGUUGCCUUAGCUGUUUAUUACCAUAUAAAAAACAGAACCUCACAGCGACAGAUUGAUAUAUUUGAUGAGAAACUGCAUCCCUUAACGAGGGAGGGUGUUUCAGAAGAUUAUGAUAAACAGAAUCCAGAACAUAAACAAAUUUACAAGUUUGUGAGGACAUUGUUUAAUGCUGCUCAACUUACAGCUGAAUGUGCCAUCAUAACAUUAGUUUACUUAGAACGUCUGCUUACCUAUGCAGAAAUAGAUAUAACACCAGCCAAUUGGAAACGAAUAGUACUUGGAGCUAUUUUAUUAGCAUCAAAAGUUUGGGAUGAUCAGGCUGUAUGGAAUGUAGAUUACUGUCAAAUUCUUAAAGAUAUUACAGUAGAAGAUAUGAAUGAAUUAGAAAGGCAAUUCUUGGAAAUGCUACAGUUCAAUAUAAACGUUCCUUCAAGCGUGUAUGCUAAAUAUUAUUUUGAUCUUCGCACGCUCGCAGAAGCAAAUGAAUUAACAUUCCCUAGUGAACCCCUCAGUAAAGAAAAAGCUCAGAAAUUGGAAGCUAUGUCCAGAGUUUAUGAAGACAAAGUUACUGCUGAAGCUUUACGUACUGGUAUUAAAAGAUGGUCAAGUUUAGAUAACAUAUGCAUAGGUGGACCUAGACGUAGUAUUGCCAUUCUAUCCUAAAUUUUGGAUAUAAGUAGGUACAUUACUUAUAUCCAUACAUUCUCAAUCAAGGUACGUGAACAA